AGAGUUGAUGAUCUAAAGAGAGCAACGACCGACCAAAAGUGGGAGAGCGAUAAUGUUGAUAACGGUCGCUGAAGCUUUUUCUUCUUCACCUCUUUCCUUCGCCCGCUCUCACUCUAAUCCAAAACCCUCUUCUGGACUCGUAAACUCACUCUGCAGAGCCAGCUUUGCUGUCCAGAAAACAUCUAGAAGCACCAACGCCGGCGCCAAAUCAUGGAACCUCCGCCUUCUUUCUACUUCUACCAGAUAUGAGGAGCUCUCAGUCUUUGAUCCCUUGGGUAUCAAUCCAGAGGUAUCUUCUACUCUAGCUGGUGCUUGGGAAACCUUGUUAAGCUUGUUAUCACCGGCAUUUGGGAGUGCCUCGAGUGCCAAAGACAAGUCUUCUUCUGCUAGAGGGGUGGCAGCUGCUAUUGAGGACAGUUCCAUCGACUUUGGUGACUUCUUCAAAGGCCCGCUACCCGGGAAAUUUCUGAAGCUUCUGGGAUAUUUAGCCUUGUCACGACUUGGGAUCUAUGUACCUCUUGGUGGUGUUAAUCGAGAAGCUUUUGUUGGCAAUUUGGAUCAGAACAGCUUAUUGAGUACUUUGGAUUCCUUUUCUGGGGGAGGUAUUGGUAGACUUGGAAUAUGUUCCCUUGGAAUUGUUCCUUUCAUCAAUGCACAGAUUGUGUUUCAGCUUCUUACUCAGGUUUAUCCCAAGUUGCAAGAGCUUCAGAAAAGAGAAGGUGAAGCAGGAAGGAAAAAAGUUCUUGAGUAUACUAGAUAUGCUUCGGUUGGGUUCGCAGUAGUGCAGGCUAUUGGCCAAGUUUUUUACCUACGUCCAUAUGCUAAUGACUUAAGUACACAAUGGGUUCUCUCCUCUAUUAUUUUAUUGACCCUUGGCUCAGUUCUGACAACAUACAUCGGGGAAAGGAUAUCUGAUCUCAAACUUGGAAACGGCACAUCUUUACUGAUAUUUACCAACAUCCUCUCCUACUUGCCAGCAUCUUUUGGCCGGACAGCGACACAAGCUUUCCAGGAUGGUAACUACCUUGGGCUUAUCACCAUCAUUGUUUCAUUCUUUCUCUUAGUCCUCGGAAUUGUAUAUGUUCAGGAAGCCGAGAGGAAAAUUCCCCUCAACUAUGCCUCUAGAUAUACAAGCAGAAGUGGAGGGCUUCAAAGAUCUGCUUACUUGCCUUUUAAGGUAAAUAGUUCCGGAGUGAUGCCAAUCAUAUUUUCUACCUCAUCAUUGGCCCUUCCUGGUACUCUAGCCCGAUUCACUGGUAUCACUGCAUUAAAGAAGGCAGCAGUGACUUUGAGCCCAGGGGGUUCUCUUUACCUUCCCACCAACAUUCUUCUAAUUGCCUUCUUCAAUUACUAUUACACUUUCUUACAACUGGACCCAGAUGAUGUGAGUGAACAACUGAAGCGUCAAGGUGCAUCAGUUCCACUGGUCAGACCCGGUAAAAGUACAGCUGCAUUUCUUAAAACGGUUCUCAGCCGAAUAUCAGUUUUGGGUUCAGCAUUUCUGGCAAUCCUGGCUGCGGGUCCUGCUGUAGUAGAACAAGUCACGCACUUGACUGCAUUCCGGGGAUUUGCAGGCACUUCUGUUCUCAUUCUUGUUGGGUGUGCAACGGAUACUGCAAGAAAAGUUCAAGCAGAGAUAAUAUCUCAGAAAUACAAGAAUAUAGAGUUCUAUGAUUUUGAUAGGUACGGCCCAUAAGUAGAUCGAACGACUUAACAGAUUUGACUUUCUGUACGAUAAUUUCUCAAGGUAGCUGAUGGGCUGCUACCUAACAUUUUGCAGUAUAAGUGUUUAGGCUGUAACCUGUAACCUGUAUAUAAAAGCUUCCUCUCAUCCACAAUUUUUAGGUCCAGUAAACCACAACUUGAUCCAAAUCCUAUUGAACCUUAAAAAA